UCCGACAAGUCAACCAGGUACGUAUAGUGUUUUGCAAUACUAACAACAGCCAAGAAGGCAUAGUCUGUCCCUAUCGAUAUCCAGCAGUCCACACGAGUCAGCCAAGUCUUUGAGCAGUCUUUGAAAGCCCAAGUCCCUCUCUGCAGCAGAACCAUUGAAGUCAAAACUGCCACCGCGUGAAAUCAAUUUGUGAUCUGAUCCCAUCAAUUUAUCACGAAUCAACCCCAAAAUGCGCGCUUCUGACUCUCUUGUUGCGGCCUUCGCAUGCCUGGCCCAGGUUGGGAUUGCUCAAGCAGCCCUGUCUUUCACUCAAUGGCCGGAGGUCAUUCAUGCUGGACAGCCUACCACUCUCAAGUGGCAGACGGACUCGGAAACGCCCGUGACCGUCACACUGCGCAAAGGUGACUCCCAGAACCUUGACACCGUUCAAACUCUGUCCCGCACCGCUGGAGGAGGCUCCUUCACCUGGACUCCGGACUCCACGAUAGAGAACGGCGAAGACUAUGCCUUCCAGAUCGAGCAGGACGGCUUUGUAAACUACUCGGGACUCCUGCAAGUCACGGAUGGGAGCCCUCCUAGCCCUGCUAUCUCGCCGGCGGCCCUCCCGAGCCCCAAGCCCAGCCCCAAGCCACUGCCUGUUUCCUUGAUCCCCCCCGCAGCCGGCCCCAGUACUCAGGCUGCGUACCCAACCGACACAGCGCCCCACGAUGAGAUGCAGACCGUUCAGAAGGGCAAUGAUGGUCAAACGUUCACUGUGAACGCAGCGGAGAACGACCCGAACGCUGCGGGAGUCGCUAAUAGCAAGACUGCCAUGGCUGCCUACAUGCAGAGUGGUGCUGCAUCCGCUCGUACCACGGGGCUGGGCUUCAUGUUUGGUGCUCUCGCCAUGAUUGUUUACCUCGUCUAGGCGGAUUUAAAUGGGAUUCCAGCCGAGGUGACAGUCGAGCUUGACUUGAUCUGUUGUCGGAGAAAUAUCCGUGCGUGCUUUUUCAGGGUGCCGUGCAGACUCAAUCCGACUCGCACUGAAUAGGGCCGUAUGGGGAUGGCUCUCAUGGGCGACAGGGGUUGUGUGCUGUUUCAAAUUCUGCUUCUCUUUCUUCCCUGUACAUAGAACCAGACCUUUGGCUCGGGCCGAACGCGAAUUGUUGUUCCGAUUCAGACGUCAUCGUCAGGAUUGGGUCUGCAGAUUCGCGGAGGGCCCCUUUGCAAAGUGUCAAGUUUUGUACGAUCAACUUGUUUGAUCAAUAAUUUCUGAGUUGCUGC